GAAUAAUUAUGUGGCAACUUGUCGCUAGACGUAAUCCAUUUGAUCAUUGUGAACAUAAUAUUGGUCUUUUAAGAAACAUUUUUGAAGGUCUUCGCCCACAAAUUAUCACUGGAAUCCCUGCUGACUACGAACGUAUGAUGAAAAGAUGUUGGAAUGCUAACCCUUUACAUCGACCAGAUGCACAAGAGUUAUAUAAUUAUUUUAAUAAAAUGCUUGAACGAAUUAAUGAUGAAGAGAAUUUAUUACCAGAUUUAGAAUUUAACCCCUCUUUUUCACAAACUAAUUCGUUUAAUAAUCAUAAAAGUGUAAAUCUUGAUUUUAGAAAUGAGCUAAACUCAGAUGAUGUUAAUAAACAUAAAUAA